AUGUUGGUUCAGCGAGCAGCAGAUGGGGAACAAGAGCGAAGUAGGAGAGCGAAGAACACAGUCUCCUAUGAUGAGCUGCAGAGAGAGGAGCGAUGCGUUUACGCGACCGCGUCCCAAACAUUGCCCAUCCCAACAUCGUCACCAAACAAAGCGAUUCCAGAACAACAAAGCCGCAUUGUCGCAACCACGCACCAACCCCCAACAUCUCAUUGGAGCGCACAUCCUCCCUGGCCUGAAUAUCCCACAUUUCCCAUCUACACGCCAGACCAACCUUUGGGCCCCGCUACUGCUCUCCUCCCACCACCACUACCAUCACCACCGCCGCCGCCGCCAACCCUCACAUACCUCAAACACAUGGCCUCCUCCUCCAACCCCCUCGGCGGCGGCCCCCGCUACGGUCUCGGUCGCAGCGCCCCCUCCGCCCCCAACGCUCCCCCAAACACCUUCGCCGCGCCCAAAAACGCCCAACGCCUGGAAUCCGAGCGUCUGGAGCGCGAGCGCCUCGCCCGCGAAGAGCGCAACCGCCUCGACACAGCAGCCGCCAACUCGCUCGCCGAGCUGGACGAAGAACAGCGCGAGGAAAUCGGCGAGGCCUUUAACCUCUUCGACCUGGACAAGGAUGGAUACAUUGACUACCACGAGCUCAAAGUCGCCAUGAAGGCGCUGGGCUUUGAUCUGCCCAAGCACGAAAUACUCGCCCUGUUGAAUACCCACGGUGUUCCCGCCCCGGCGGCCGGCGCGGGCAAACAGGCGCAAAGGGCUCAACAAGGACAGCCGUUUUCUGGCGCGCCAGGGCGGCAAUUGCUCAGCUUCCAGGCGUUCCAGACGCUCAUGGCGCAGAAGAUACUGGCCCGCGAUCCGCAAGAGGAGAUUGUCCGCGCGUUUGAGCUGUUCGACGAGGGCGGCAAGGGAAAGAUCACGUUGCAGGAUCUGACGCGGGUCGCGAGGGAGUUGGGCGAGGGGCUCAGUCAUGAUGAGUUGGUGGCCAUGAUUGAGGAGUUUGAUAUGGAUGGAGAUAAUGCCAUCAGUCGGGACGAGUUCAUCAACAUUUGCCUCGGUUGA